AUGCCUGAUUCUUUAUUUUUGAACUUGGAACCAAUGAUUUGUCAGUUCGAUCGCGCGCCAGAGGUUGUUGUGUCCCAAACAGACGACAAAACUCAGGAACCUGAACAUGGCUAUCAUGCUAAGGCUGCUCUUUUUCGUCAAUAUUUUUCUGUUGUCCUUGUUGAGGAACACAGAAUUUUUCCAUCAGCUAUCCGCGCUAUCCUCAGGUGUUGCUAUCUUCAGGCCGAUCCCUAUCGUCAGUUGUUCCUAUCCUCAGGCAUCCCUAUCCUCAGGCAUCCCUAUCCUCAGGUAUCGCCAUCCUCAGUCACGUACCCCUAUCGUCAGUUGUUUCUAUCCCAUGGUAUCCCUAUCCUCAUGUAUUCUUAUCCUCAGGUAUCCCUAUUCUCAGGUAUCCCUAUCCUCAGGUAUUGUUAUUCUCGGAUGAUGUUCAUUAAUGCAUAAUGGCAGUACUGACUACGGAUUUCUAGGCUUCUCUCAGUAGACUGGAUUGUGUGUACUGUCGUAUUUGUUAAAUCUUUUUAUGUUUUGACCUGAAAGGUUCGGGGAAAAUAUCAAUGAGUUCCAUUCAACUUUCCCGGCGUGGAGACAUCCAGAGUAUCUUCACCAAAAUAAAGAUAAAACAAGGUCAUCUGAACAGCCUAUGCCGGUAAGACAUAUAGUGUUAAAACAAGGUCAUCUGAACAGGCUAUGUACUAAGAUAUAUAAUGCUACAAAACCUGCAAAUAAAUUUUUAUAGUCGAAAUAGACACUAGCUAGUGAAGGGGAAGAGAGCAAAUAAAGCGAAAGAGCUGAAGAGAAGGAGAGAUAGUGAAAUAUAAAGAGAACGAGAAGGAAAGGAAAUUGAAAAUGAAACCAAACAAGAGAAAUUAAAAUUAAACAUGUCAAAAGCAUUCUAAACAUGUCAAAAAAGAAAUAAAGAGAAAUAAACAAGGAGAGAUAGUGGAAUAUAAAGAGAACAAGAACGAAAGGAAAUUGAAAAUGAAACUAAGAAAGAGAGAAAUUUUCAUUGUAAAGCUUUAUGAGAACGAUUUUCACCUAAGGACACCAUUCCUUAACAUUGCAAUGUUAAAAACCGUAUUAUAUGAUGGUUUAUAGGGACGGAAAGUGGAUAUAAAUACCGUUUUCCACUUUGAAAAAGAUGCUGCAAAUUAUCAAUGGGGCAUUAUUUUGUGCUAG